CAAGCACCUAGCUAUUUCUUGCCCUCUCCUCUUCACACACUCAUGGCAGCUGUUAUCUUGUCCAACACCCGGAUUAUGCCCACCAGUUAUAACAAGACCAUCAUGAGCAACUUGUCCUUGCACCGUAUCGCUAACGGGGCCGACACAAAUCAAGCCACUGUGAUCCAAAAGGAUUACAAGUUUGGUCAUACUGCUGUUAAUGACUGGGUAAUUUACGAAGGUGCAGGCCCAGGUCCGGUGUUCGCCCGUGGACAAGGCAGCCACAUUCUUGCCGGCAACUCCAUAUCUACCAUCAUGAUAACGUUCGAGGAUCCAAGGUACAAGGGCUCCAGCCUUGCUGUUAUGGGCAACAUCUUGGAUAAUGGUCAGUGGGCUAUUGUUGGAGGGACUGGGUUAUUUAAGUAUGCAACUGGGUUCAUUGACUUGGUUCCUGUUCAACAGUCGAGCCCCAAGAACAUUUCAAACAUCACCAUCGAAGUAUGCAAUCCAAACUAUUGAUGCAAAUAAGGUCAAAUACGAACGUCAUAACUAUGUUUCAUCCAUAAUAAAGCAGACACCGGUUGUUCACAUUUCCAUG